UGGUCAUUUUCUCAGAUUGCGAUUGAGCAGACAAGCUGAAAAAAAAAGCCUCGAAACCAACUCCAACGUCGGUUGAUGCGCUGAAGGAAGCCAAUUGAACAGACAACCCGGUGCUUGUCUGUCUCAUCUCGACGUUCCAUUCUUCUUUCCCCCCUCUACUUGACCUGCCACUUUUUCUUCACAAUGUUCAAGCUCGCUCGCAGUAGAGUUCUGGCUUCGGCUGUGCCCAAGCCUGCUCUUUCCUCCAGACUCCCCGGACUCGCCCAGCAACAACGCAGAGCUCUGAGCAUCCACGAGUACCUCUCGGCCGACCUUCUCCGUAAGUACGGCAUCUCGGUGCCCGCAGGUCAGGUUGCGAGGACGGCGGCCGAAGCUGAGAAGGUGGCCAAGGAUAUCAGCAGUGAUGAUAUGGUCAUCAAGGCUCAGGUCCUGGCCGGCGGCCGCGGCAAGGGAACCUUCGACAACGGCCUGAAGGGUGGUGUGCGUGUCAUUUACUCGCCCACCGAGGCCAAGAUGUUCGCCGACCAGAUGAUCGGCCACAAGCUUAUCACCAAGCAGACGGGCGCCGGCGGCCGCCUGUGCAACGCCGUCUACAUCUGCGAGCGCAAGUUUGCGCGCCGCGAGUUCUACCUGGCCGUCCUGAUGGACCGUGCCUCGCAGGGCCCCGUCAUCGUAUCCUCGUCGCAGGGUGGCAUGGACAUCGAGGGCGUCGCCAAGGAGAACCCCGACGCAAUCACCACCACCUACAUCGACAUCAACAAGGGCGUCACCGACGACGUCGCGCGCGGCAUCGCCCAGGACCUGGGCUUCAGCGAGCAGUGCAUCGAGGAGGCCAAGGACACCAUCCAGAAGCUGUACAAGAUCUUCCUCGAGAAGGACAUGACCCAGAUCGAGAUCAACCCGCUGUCCGAGACGUCGGACCACCAGGUCAUGUGCAUGGACGCCAAGUUCGGUUUCGACGACAAUGCCGACUUCCGCCAGAAGGAGAUCUUUGAGCUGCGCGACACCACCCAGGAGGACGCCGACGAGGUGCGCGCCGCCGAGUCGGGCCUGAACUUCAUCAAGCUCGACGGCGACAUUGGCUGCCUGGUCAACGGUGCCGGUCUUGCCAUGGCCACCAUGGACAUCAUCAAGCUGAACGGCGGCGCCCCAGCCAACUUCCUCGACGUCGGUGGCGGCGCCACCCCGGCCGCCAUCAAGGAGGCCUUUGAGCUCAUUACCAGUGAUCCCAAGGUCACGGCCAUCUUUGUCAACAUCUUUGGUGGCAUCGUCCGCUGCGACCACAUCGCCAACGGCCUGAUCCAGACCGUCAAGUCGCUCAACCUCAAGAUCCCCAUCAUCGCUCGUCUGCAGGGCACCAACAUGGAGCAGGCCCACCAGAUCAUCAACGACUCUGGCAUGAAGAUCUUUUCCAUUGACGACCUGCAGAACGCCGCCGAGAAGUCGGUCCAGCUGUCAAAGGUUGUCAAGAUGGCUCGGGAAAUCGACGUCGGUGUCGAGUUCAGUCUGGGUAUCUGAUGUGGGCAAAUAGGUUUAUAGAUUGGUCGGUUCCUUCUUCACCCCUUCCCUGGUUCCUCCCCGGUGUAUCAUCUUUCUUGACGAAGGCGGGCAAUAUCUUGGUUUGCGAACACGGGCUUGUUAAUUAGACUCUGGCUACUGGUUAUAUUGCAUAUAUCCACCUUGCACUGUUUGGGCGGCUCCCUGACACCAAAUUUCCCUUGCCAACAUUUCUCUUCUUGGGGCGUUGGGCAAGUA